AAAAAUGCAUAUGAGCACAGUCCUGGAAUACUUCAGGUAACAACUUUCUAAGAUUCGGGGAACACUUCUUACCUAGAAUGGCAUAAUACGCAAGCUGAAGCUUGGAAGAAAGCCUUGUCGCAAUAAGAAAUAUAAACGGAACAAGACAACAAAACUGAGCCUCCACGGACAACGACCAGAUUCACCAAGGGUAGUGUAGUUGGUGCUACGGAUUUGCGAUCUACCGGGGUCAAUAUAAAAAGGACUAUAGCUUUGAAGAAUCCUACUUGGUCAUCCUUUAAUUUUUGAGCCAUCGAUAUGCUCUACAACGCGCAUUAGCUCAGUAAAUUGCAAUCUGUCAAAGCUUAAGUAAACUGUCCGAAUUGAUUUGUGAUGAUUAUCUACAUAAAGCUUCCACACUCUCCCCUCUCUCCGAUAGCCAUCCGUUCAAACCGAAGGAUCUGGAUUCUCCUGUAUUGAGUUUCUUGAACUAUGAGAAAGGCACGUCGAUUAUUCCUGAGCUUUGUCGUAAUUUGGUCAUUUUGCUACUUUUUUAUCAAUGUUCCAGCUGAUAAGCACCCCAAACAGGAAGUAUGCGUCUGUAAAUCGGCGAUCACUGGAAAAUCAUAUAACUUUUGCUAUAGAGACCCACAGAAUCUGAAUUCGAUCGGGAAAAAGUUCAAUUGCAGUCUGCUGAGUACUCUGGAAGAUCUUGGUAUCAUCUCUGAUCAUUCUCGCCUAUCAAAUGUCACGGAUGUCCUCCGAAAUCAGAGUAACGUAGUCUUUGCAUCCUCCACUUCCGAUGAUCACAUGCACCUCAGCCUGAAAUCUUACAAAUCAGUUCGAAGAUUCCAUCCACGCCACAAAUACAUCCUCUAUGGCCUAAACAUGAGUGAAGCCUUCAUCGAGAAACUUCCGCAAAGAGAUAAACAUUUCGAGUUCCGAGUCUUCAACACUUCUCAGUACCCGAGCUUUGUGAACAACUGGCUCACCUACAACUUCAAGCCACUGCUCAUGGCGCAGAUGCUCAAGGAGUACAAAGCCGUAUGGUGGAUCGAUGCGCAUAUUGAAUUACUUAAGUCGAAUAUUUCGAGGAAUCUACAAAAGGAGAUAAUUCUCAAGAGAAAUAGUUCUUACUUCGCCUCCGUCGUAUCCUUAUCUGAUACUAGUCAUAGCAAUUUUGCAGUUCUAAAUCCAGCAGUCCUUACCUACUUUCCAACAAGCUCCAUGAGGCUUCUUCAGCGCCAGAGACAUGUCGCCGCCGGAUUGAUCUUCCUCCCAAGGACCAGAUAUACCAUGCAAUUAUUUAAAUGGUGGAUCCUGUGCGCUCUUACAGAGGAGUGCAUGAACCCGCCAGGAUCUCGGCUGCGGUGUGUGUUCCGGCGGGAUCGGUACAAGCAUCCGGGGCAUUGCUUCAGAUUUGACCAAUCUGUUCUGAACCUUCUUCUGCUCAACGAUUUCCAAGACUACCGGAGGUACUACUCGAAAAAGUUAUCGGAAUCGUUUUUGAGAAUGGUUGAUUGAUUGUUUUUGAUAAUAAAGUUGAAGUGUUUAUU